AUGUUGUACGCUUUGGUUGUACAAAUAUUUAAAACGUUUAACUGCGUGUUAUGUGAAAAAGUGUACGUUCAUAAGCGCGAUCUGAAUAGACAUGCCAAAACCCACGGUGGAUCUACUAAUUCGUGCGGAAUAUGCCUCAUGACGUUCACCCGACGGAACAAUCUCAGUAUACACGUUCAAAAUCGCCACAAGAUCGCUAAAAACACUCCAGAAUUCCGUGACGCUGUACGAGUAGGUGGUGGUGCAAUGGGUCGCGCAUCAGUCAUAAAGUGGGCACCCUCCCCCGCUACACCGCAUGCCCAGCCAGUUGUUCUGACUCCGACGGUCAUCUCGACACGCCGCCGCCGCCGUCGUGAGGACAUACCUACCCCCCAACCUCAAGACUCAACAUCCACGUCCCGCACACCGGAGACGGUUUCACCGCCACCCGCACAGGUUAUCGCCAACGAACCCGACGCAAGAUCUCCCGUGACCGCCGCACAACCGCUUUCGCUUUCACCACCGCCAACCGGCGAAUUUGUUGCCUAUACAGAAAAUACUCCGAAAAACAUCAAACGGAAAAAGUCACGUAUGCUAAGGGUUAAUAGCCCGGGCUUUAUUGAGAUCGAGUCUUCGCUCGACCGUACUAUCGUGUGGUAUUUUAGGAAAAAUAUUGAUAAUGUGACAAGUUACCGAGCUUUCCUAAAUUCAAUAGAGUCCGAAUUAAUCGCGAAAUUACGCGAGUGCGCGCGUAUUAACCCGAUCAAAUACAACCUGAAAUUAGAGGCCACAUACGUCGUACCAAAUUUACACGAUUCAGCUCAAAACCGCGCAUUUAAAACUUCAGCCCGUGAAUUGUAUGCGCACAGUAAUGUCGAGGGUUUAGUCGAUCGCGAUUUCGCAUCGCUCCAGGCCGAAGAGGAUUGUUACGCCGGAAAGUAUAGUGGAUUCGCCUUAUCGUGCAUCGAUGGACUGCUCUUGGGUGUGUACGAGUACACGCCUAUGGGGGGAUCGUCGUACUUACCGUUGCCGGAAAGUAUUCUGAACCGGAAGGCCGUUAUCAACCCACAAAAUAUCGACCGGCAAUGUUUUAAGUGGGCGAUCCUAGCCAAACACGUACUUCACGAUCGCACAAGAGUAGGUGAUAAUUAUACAAGGGAAGAAGGUCGAUAUGAUUUUUCUACGUUAUCGUCUCCUACCCCCGUGUCGGAGAUAAAGGUAUUUGAAAAGUCGAAUCCCGACACGAGCGUUAAUGUAUACGGCGUAAGAAAAUGCGUGAAAAAUAAAAAUAACAAAAAAUCGAGCACACAAUCUGUCGCGUACCCUCUGCGCAUCGCGGCUGAGGAAAAAGCAGAUCAUUUCGACCUGCUGUUGAUUAGUGGGAAAGACGACAUGAAUCAUUAUGGGUUUAUAUCGAAUUUUUCACGACUAGCCAGCCCACAAAAAAAUAAUCACCAGCAUGAAUUAUUUUACUGUAAGCGAUGUUUCACCAGUUUCGAGGACCGUCCAUUAAAAUAUAAAUUACACGGCGAGCAGGCGUUGGUGAAACAUCGUUUACUGUGCGGCUCACACAAACCGGUUGUUCCUCUUAUACCGAAAGAGGGGGAUACGCUUAAAUUCGAGGCGUGGUGUAAGACGGAACGACUCCCAUUCGUAGUGUAUGCCGACUUCGAAGCCUUACUACUGAAAACGGGGCGAAAACAAGGUGAUAAUACCACGGCGAUGCACACGCACCACCCCAUGAGUUACGGUUACCUCGUCGUCGCAGCGGAGGGGGUACCAAUAGAUUUAUUUGACCAGUUCGACAUUCCGAGUGCUCCCGUCAUUUUCCGAGGCUCGGCGACCGAAGACGAUGUGGCCAAGCGUUUUGUCCACGACGUCCUCGAUGUGACCGCCAAGAUAGGCAGAUUGUAUAAGGAAGUUAACGUGGCGAUUUCUAUGAGUGUUGUGGAUUGCCGCGUGCACGACGCCAAGGUGAUGUGCGACUUGUGCAGCUGCACGUUUAGCGAACGCAAUUGUAAAACUGCACACCACGACCACUUGUCGGGGCGUUUUUUAAAAACGUUAUGUAACACGUGCAACCUUAAGUUGAAAACACCAAAAUUCGUCCCGUGCUUCCUGCAUAAUCUCUCGAACUACGACGCACAUUUCAUCGUAACGAAUUUAGCGAACGACGACAAUAAUCGAAUAUCGGUAAUCGCUAACACUGAGGAGAAGUAUAUUUCAUUUUCGAAGUAUAUUAACAACUCGUUCUCCGUCAGGUUUGUAGACACGUGUCGGUUCAUGGCGUCGAGCUUGGCAGGCUUGGCGGAGAACCUCUCCUCCGCGAACUUUGAUAAGUUUCGCGAAGUCGCGAAAGUGUUCGCCCCGUCGGAGAUGCAGUUGGUCACGCGGAAAGGCGUAUAUCCGUAUGAAUAUACAGAUUCGUGGGAUAAAUUGGACGCUACGUCGCUGCCGGAUAAGUUCCAAUUCUACAGCGCGUUGACGGAGACGCACGUGAGCGACGAGGAUUAUAGUCACGCGACAAGGGUCUGGAAUCAUUUCGGCUGCACCUCACUCGGGACUUACAGCGAUUUAUACCUUAAAGUCGACGUGUUGUUAAGUGCCGACGUGUUCGAGAAUUUCAGGGAUAUAUGUAUGACCACAUAUCACCUCGACCCCGCACAAUACUACACGCUACCCGGUUUCAGCUUUGACUGUAUGCUGAAACUUACGAAAGUUGAGCUUUUUCUUUUGAACGAUUUUGAGAAAAUUUUAUUCCUAGAGUCAGGCGUGAGAGGUGGGCUAGUGCAGGCCAGUAAACGUCACGCGCGCGCCAACAAUCCAGAAACGCCUGGAUACAAUGCUGAAGAACCUAACACGUCGCUCAUAUACCUAGAUGCAAACAAUUUGAACGGGUACGCGAUGUGUAAAUAUAUGCCGAUUAGCGAUUUCACGUGGUAUCCGGGAAAUCCCGAAGUCGCCCUCGACCAGCUACAGUGGAUGCGCGAGACUGAUGACAUUGGCAGAUUUUACGAAGUCGACAUUUCGUAUCCUCAACAUCUGCACGACGCCCACAAUGAUAUGCCGUUCUUGCCUCACGCUAGCAUACCACGCGGGUCCACCGUGCGAAAGUUGAUGGUCACAUUUAUGCGGAAAGAACGAUACGUCGUUCAUUAUAUGAAUUUAAAGCAGGCCAUGGCCCACGGCGUUGUAGUAGAAAAAACGCACCGAGUAUUGGAAUUCCGACAAUCCCCAUGGAUGGCACCGUACAUAAACCUCAACACCGAAUUACGCAAGCGGGCAACCAACAUAUUCGAAGAAAAGUUUUUCAAAGAUUUAAACAAUUCGGUGUUCGGGAAAACUAUUGAGAAUAUGAGACUUAGAUUCAACUUAGAGCUUGUAUCGUGCCCGCGCAGAAUGCGGAAACUCAUAAAUCGACCGACGUUCAAAUACUGUACGACGUAUAAUGAAAAUCUCUCGGUGGUCACCCAACAUGGUAAAGAAGUGGAUUUCUGUAAGCCUAUCUACAUAGGAUUCUCCGUGCUAGAACUCAGCAAAGUUGUAAUGUACGGUUUUCAUUAUGACGUCAUGAAACGUCAUUACGGCGAUAAGAUCGAGCUGCUUUAUACCGAUACCGAUUCACUAUUCUACCGCGUGACGACAAACGAUUUCCACACCGAUCUUAUUGAAAAUCCAAAUCUAAUGCGGUUUAUGGACACCUCGAAUUUUCCACACGACCACAAGUGUUAUACGGUUGCUCGGAAGCGUAUUCCAGGAUUUUUUAAAUUCGAGUGUAGCUCCAGGACGGUGUACGAAUUCGUUGCUUUGCGGGCUAAAUCCUAUGCCUAUGACGUGGAACAGAACGUCGAAAUUCGCGCGAAGGGUGUUAUGAGGCACGUGAUUCGUAAUCACCUCACUUUCGCCGAGCAUAAGCGGUGCUUAUUCGCUGACGUGGACGACGAUGCAGAAUCCGACGAGUGCGACGACGAAUUCGACGCAAAUAUGGGGAAAAUGAUCGCUGCCGAUUCCGCACUUAAAGCUGUCGCUCAAAUUCAUCGGAACGCCUCAACCGGCUCAACCAACUCGUCGACGACGGUUGCGGCGGCGGCGCCGGUCACGCAUCCAUCCCACGUCUACAGCUACAUGCCAUUCACGCCGUAUAGGGAAAAUGUGUCUAUACGCUCGUUUAAGCACGAGUUACGCACAAUUAGAUCUAUGAAACUCGUCUUGAACAGGGCAGACGACAAGCGUUACGUGUUACCGGACAACAUUUCGACGUACGCACACGGUCAUCACCGCAUAAAUUAUUAA